AUGGCGCGCACAAUCCAAAGCGCGCCCAACUCCGACAUCCGCGCUCAGAUCCGCGCCAACGCCAGCAGUCUCGGACUCGACUUCAUCGAGACCGUCAUCGCCCUCAAGAACAAGACUUACACCGCAUGGGUCAUGAUCUUCACCAAUCCGCGCCAGGCCAUCAUCAAAGGUCCACCAGGAGCCACGUACGAAGAAGCACUUGAGGGUCUGCUGGAUACGACGGCGGAGCUGGCUGCAACUACAUUCGAAAAGGACUUCAAGGCUUUCGAGGAGCAGCUGAGUGAGCAGGUCGGCGAGGGUUUCGUGCUGGAGAAGUUUGUGGCUCCGACGCCGGUGUAUAAGGGCAAGUGA